GUGUAGAAACGCGACGACGUCACUUCUCAACAUAUUCUGAGUUUAAACGUCCCAGAUUUCCUAUAGCCAAUAUCAGAAUACUUCAAUAUGGCUCUCACACAAUCAGCAGGAAAUUCUACCAACAAUGCCUUCAAGGUGGGACAUCGAAGCUUAGAGAGGGGUUGUUCAAUAUAGCUAAUGUAGUCUACAGGACAAGGAGAAGCCUAUGGCUGUUCGAAAUGCCAACAUCUUGGCUGCCAGAGGUGUGUUUGGAAAUAAGUGCUAGAUUGCGGAUGUAAAGCUGACAAAAAACAGCUGUCGCGGAUGCAUGCAGAACUUCCCUAGGUCCAAGAGGAAUGGACAAGAUGAUUCAAGACGGCAAAGGAGGAACACUUAUUACAAAUGAUGGAAGCACUAUGAUGAAGAGUAUGGCAGUUAUGCACCCUUCUGCGAAGAUGUUGGUCGACCUUUCAGCAGCACAAGAUGUAGAGGCCGGAGAUGGAACUACUUCAGUUGUGGUUAUUUGUGGAAGCCUGUUGGGCGCCGCAGAUAAAUUAUUAGGAAAAGGAAUACACCCUUCAGUUAUUGCCGAGUCAUUCCAGAGAGCCGCUGCGGCGGCAGUUCAAAUUCUCCACGAUAUGUCGGUCCCAGUUGCUCUCAGCGACACCGCAACCCUUUUACAAGCCGCCAACACAUCUCUAUCUUCCAAAAUCGUUUCACAAUACUCAAAUCUCCUCGGUCCUAUGGCUGUAAAUGCUGUUACAAAGACAAUCGACAUCAAGACUGCAGAAAACGUAGACUUGAAGAAUAUCAGAAUAGUUAAAAAGUCUGGAGGUACCAUCGAAGACAGUGAGAUGGUUGAAGGGGUAGUUUUGACUCAAGGUGUUUUAAAAAAUGGAGGUGGACCCAUCAGAAUGGAAAAGGCAAAGAUUGGACUUAUUCAAUUCCAACUCAGCCCUCCAAAGCCUGAUGUAUGUUUUCUUGGCGGGACAUCGUUGCGAGUAUUGCUAACAUAUCUCAGAUGGAAAAUCAGAUUGUUGUCAACGACUACAGACAGAUGGAUAAAAUUUUGAAAGAAGAGCGGACCUAUCUGUUGAACUUAGUUAAAAAGAUCAAGAAGGCGAAGUGUAAUGUUUUAUUGGUAUGUCAGAUAUUACCUGCAGUCCAUAAUAAUAGUACUAACAACAACUCUCAGAUCCAAAAGUCUAUCCUCCGUGAUGCAGUUAACGAACUUUCCCUCCACUUCCUCGCCAAACUUAACAUUCUCUGCAUAAAAGAUAUCGAACGUGAUGAGGUAGAAUUCAUCUGCAAAUCCACUGGCUGCAAGCCCGUCGCCGACAUAGACUCAUUUACCGAGGAUAAACUUGGUUCAGCCGACCUCGUUGAAGAAGCCCAAACUUCCGGUUCUAGACUCGUCAAAAUCACCGGUACCAAGAAUGCCGGCAAGACUGUCUCGAUCGUCUGCCGAGGUGCCAACUCACUCAUUCUUGAUGAAGCCGAGCGUAGUCUUCACGAUGCCCUUUGCGUCGUUCGAUGUUUAGUAAAAAAGAAGGCAUUAAUCGCAGGUGGAGGAGCCCCCGAGAUUGAAAUCGCUUCGCAGUUAGCACAACAAGCACGGGAAUUAACCGGCACCGAAGCAAUCUGCUGGAAAGCCUUCGCCGACGCCAUGGAAGUAAUCCCCACCACACUCGCCGAAAACGCUGGUCUCAACAGCAUUAAGGUCGUUACUGAAUUGAGACACAAACAUGCCAAUGGAGAGAAAAACGCAGGUGUCAGUAUUAAGAGUGGAGGCGUCAAGGAUGAUAUCGCGGAUGAGAAUGUACUGCAACCACUUUUGGUCAGCACGAGCGCUAUUGAAUUGGCGGCUGAGACGGUGAAAAUGAUUUUACGUAUUGAUGACAUCGCUUUAUCUAGAUAAGUGUAUUUCUAAAUCAGGAAAUGAAAGGAAAAUAUGAUGAUUAUGAUCAGAGAUGUAUAUUAAUGCAUGGUGGUGAGCGGGAUAUCAUGUUUAUGUUUCGCUUAGCCCCUUUUGGCAUCAGCUCUAAUGAACCAUGAUUUUUCUUGACAAA